AGUAACUGGAAUAUUGCGGGGUAAUUGCAAUGGAUUCCGCGGGCGGGAGGAUCUCGGUAUGGGUGCGCGCGGAGGAGAAGCUCGUCCUGGGCUUGUCAAAACGCACCACCUGCGCCGAUGUGGUCAAAGCCCUGCUGGAGGACGUCGACAAGCCUGAACACCAGCGCUACUGCAUCGCCGAGAAAUGGCGGGGCCUCCAGAGGGUUCUACCCGACCGCACCAGGAUUUGGCGACUGUGGGUGGCGUGGGGAGAGGAACGAGACCGGGUAAGGUUUGUGCUCGUGGGCUGCAGCGAGGUGGCCCGGAGCGCAGAAGCGCGCCUGGUACCGCUCGGAAAAUCCGACCUCGUGCCCUCCAAAUGGACUCCGGGCGCCUCCUUGGCGGAGGUCCCGCUCGAAAGGCAGCGUCGGAUCGUCAGGAAAGCUUUCAGAAAGUUGGAAAAGAUGCAGAGAAAGCAGCCGACCUCCUCUUGCGCGGACAAGAUGCAGACUUUGGCGCGUCUGGUGGUCUCCCAGGAUCGCACUAUCCGUCAGCAAGCGUUCAGGAUUCGGCAGCUGGAUGCGGAGAUUGAAAGGCGGGAGGCCAAAGUGCAUUCGGACCGGGCGCGAACACACGGCGUUAAUUAUGUGCAGGACACCUAUUUAUUAGAGGAGGAGGCAGACACAGAGGCUUCAAACCAGGUGUGCUCUUCGGAAGGCCUCCUACACCCAUGUGCUCUGUGUCAUGAGGCGAAUGUGGACAUGAUGACGAUGCAGAUGGAAGCAGAGCUGGAUGAGUGCUGCACACAGAUGAGGUCAGAGGAGGAAGAGGACGAGCCAUCCUGGUCCUUCAUCAAAGGCGAAGACGAGAUGUUUGUGAAGGAAAAGCUGAGGAGCUUGUUGGAUGCCACUUUGUACGUGGGUCUGUGCCUCCGCUCGGAUUUGGAGGCUAUUAGGGGCGAUUUGGAGCUGAGCCGCCAGAUUUGCAGCAGCCGCGAGGAGGAGAUGAGGGAUUUACUGGAGAAAAUCAACUCUUUGGGUUCGGAGGAUGGGGCGAAUGACGAGGGGGGGACAGAUAAUGUGGAGAUGAGGAGGAGUGCUUUGGAGAGGAAAAGCGAGUGGGUGGAGCAAGCCAGAGGUUACUCCAAAUGUCACAGAGGGAAUGACGACGACUCGGACACGGGUUUAAGCUCCCUCCACAGCCAGGAGUCCGACAGCCUCACGAUCUGCCAAUCGCUGGUUUAGAACUGUCUGAGCCACAUUUCUACUCCGGAAUCAGUCCUUCCUAAACCAUGCACCUGACCACUUUCAGGUGUAGUCCACCUUUCGCCUGAGGUCAGCUGGGAUACAUUCCAGCAUCCCGCUACCCUGUGAAUGAUAAGCGGUGUUGAGAAUGGCUGGAUAAACCAUGUACUGUAUCUGGCUUGCAAACUGCUUGAUUGUGAACAUUGUUCCAGUUUCAAGGACUAGAUCAGAUCUCGGUGGUAUAUGGGGCCUUUAGGACCAGACAACUACAGUAUUUGUCAUGUCUGUCUCUAAAACUAUAACAUGUCUCUAACUCGAUACCUUGACCAAUUUCGCGGACCCUAAAAUCAAGCCACCAUCUUUGUUUUGCUCUAAAAACUGAAGCAGUCUGAACUACCCUUUUUAUAUUUAUGAACUAGUCCUAUUCGAACCAUGCCUCUGACACAAGAACAGGAUCAGUCGGUACUUGUCUCUGACUGAAGGACCAGACUAGCCUAGGCCAUGUCUUUUACUUUGAAACUGGAUCUUUUUUUAUCAUGUCUGUCUCUAUACUCUAGACCUGCACUACCUUGGAUGGUUUCUCUGACACUAUAAUUGGAACAGUCAGGACAAUGUGUCUGCCUCUAAAACCAAACUGUUGGACCUUGUUUAUUUCUCUAGAAAUACAUUCCUAACUGAAAAACCAGAUCAUUUUCAACCAUUUAUCCAGUCUAUAUGAACUCGAUUUCCUAAUCUACAGUAAGUAGAAUUGGGCCUGUAUAAACCAUGCCUCUUACUCUAGAACUGGACUAGUGUCCAUGUCUCUGACUUUUUAACUGGGUCCGUCAAGUCAAAAUCAAAUCUACAGUAUUUAGAUUUAGUCUGAACCAUGUUUCCCCACUGUGAAACUAGAUUAAUUCUAAGCCAUGUUUCUGACUGUGGAACUGGACCAACCUAGACCAUCUUUCUGACCCAGACCUGGCUUUUUUAAUUUAGCUCUAUUUUGUUUGUUUGUUUGGAUGGUCUCUCUGACUCCACUGUAACCAUUUGGACUGUCUUUACCCUAAAUGGUCAGGCCAAUAUAUCUGAUUGUAGAAUUCAGAAGGUUUGAAUCAUGUAUCUGAUUCUGGAAGAAAACUAGUUUGGAGCACAUUUCCUGACUCUAGAACUGAAACCAUGUCUCUGAUUUUACAAUUGGACAACCCACUACAGUACAAUUUAAUGGCAUCCAUUUGUUUUUAUAACAGCUGACAUAACUUUGCCAUCUCUAAAAAACGUUAAAAUGUCAUUUUAAGAAAUAAAAUGACACCUUUUCCUUCUCCUUUCUUCUAUCCUGUAUUGGAGCAAGUGCUGCUGUGACUUUUUACACAAACACCAAAACAGUGGAGCUGCACAGUUUUGUACCGCUUCAGUCAAAACAUUUGAGCGACUUGAUGAGAAGCACCCAUGCCCGAUUGUGAACCAGACAAUUUAGAUACAAACCCAUACUUGACUCUCUUAAUACGUAUCUUUUGCAUCUUCCGAGUCAACAACUUACACACACACACACACCAAAGACUCAACAAUUUAACACACACAUCACAGAAGUUCUUUAAAACACCAAGAAAAGUGGCAACACAUAAAAAAAUCUCAAACGUGGACAAAUUCACACUACUCAAAAACUUACAUGCACAUGACAAAAAAACUGCAUAAAAAACACACACAAAAACCUUACAUUCACACCAGAAAAACUCACCCAACAAAAACACAUACAGCUAAAAAGCAUGCAAAUGAAACAAAAUCCAACAAAACCCUCACAACCUAAAAAAAAGCCACACAACAGAAAAAGCUCUUGCACAAAAACCUGAAACACCGAAAACACACCUUAAAUUAAUGCAUCUACCCCCCCCCCCCAAAAAAAACCUUUCCGUCAAAAACACUUUGAAAAAUGAAUGCACCAAAAAUCAAACCAAAAAGUAAUACAACCAAAAAUCCCUAAAACAAAACUUUCACAUGAAACAAAAAAACCUUCUCAGGUCUUAAUGCACAAAUCCGAUUUUUUUCGUGUUUUUCCGACUCAAGUCAGGUCUUAACACGACAGUCUGAACGCGACAGGUCGCAUAAAAAUGGACCAUUUCAAAUUUGAGCUUGGUGACUUUCGUAUGUGGUUAAAAUCCGAUCCGCGCCACAUUUUUCCAGAAUGUGGCUGCGGUCUGAACUGUCAAGUCCCCCGAAUUGGAAUUCAUGCAGCAAUUACGUCAGCAAAGAGCGAGAAAGACAGGGCGCUACGUUAGCAACGGAGCAGUGUUAGCGUUAUCACUGAACUUGAACGCAGCUUUUAGGGAAGAGGCGAGCUUGACAACAGUCAUAAGAAAAUAAAAUGGGGGUGGAAAGGAAUCUGUGCUUCAAAUGAGCAAUAUUUCAAGAUUGCGUACCCGGCCGAGAGUCGAGGCAAACUGUCCGUAAAUGUGUGCGUCAUUUGUAUAUAAGACUAAACAGAGAUUAUUUAUGUCUAUUUUUCCGUCUUCUUUUUGGACAUUAAUAUAUGAUCACCCUAGAAUGAAGUUGAGCCAGCAUUUGUUUUGAUGCUCCUGCGCAUGCAGGUCAGUUUGCACAGGGCAUCUCGGACUGCGAAUUAGUGCGCAUGCGUGAUACUUGAACGGGCCUAAUGGACAAAGGCAGUCUGAAUGGGCACGCUCCCCCCAAAAAAACAUGACAAAGAAUUGGAAUUGUUCAUUAAAGACCUGUUGUAUUAAACUAGCCUAAAACACACAAAAACAAAUAUCAUGCAUGAAAACACACAAAAAAAUCCUCACAUGCAUUAUAAAAAAAAACACUCAACAAAAAAAAAAGGGCUAAAAAUAAACAAAAAAGUAAUUCACCAUAACUCUUUAAUUUACGCACAUCUUCAUGCAUACAAAAAACAUACACCCCAAAGUAUGCAUUAGAAAUUCUUGCACUCUAAAACUCUCACAAGACUCACAUGCAAAAAAAAUGUAGCAAAAAUACUCUCAAACACAACUUCUGAUGUAUGGACACAUGAAAAUUCAGACAAAAUACCCUCCCCCAAUACGCAUACAUAAUUUCUCACUCUCUGAAAACACUGGCACACAGAAGUAUGGCAUGAUAUAUAUAUAUAAAAAAAAGUCCGCUUGCGCAUCUUGCUUCUCAACUGUUUCAUCGUCAGCACAGAGUGGCAUCAAUGAAGUUGACCUUUAAGUGUAAACAGCAAACAACAGUGAAAGACGAGAACAUUCCUGUCCUUUUGUGUGCGUGUAUGUAUGUGAGCCUGUUGGCUGUUUCCCACAAGACAGAAUGGAAUUGCACACAUUUCAAGUUGCGAUUAUGUGAAGAGUCCAAGACGUCUGAAGCCACUUCAAGCGCAUUCAGGAAUCUAGAGGGCUCCUCUUGUUGGAACUGAGCUUCGCACAUAGACAGAAUAUGCCACAAGUUGAAAUAUUUGCCCGUAUUCAAGGCGUGUUCUUUUAAGUCUCUCCACAGUUUAUGCAAAUUAUAGAGCAGAGGUGGGUAGUAACGAGUUACAUUUACUCCGUUACAUUUACUUGAGUAACAGUGGUGCUACCAGUUUCACCAAUGAGACGUCGCAACAAUAAUCAAAUGACUCCAUUAUACCAAUGUUUUCCGUCACCUGCCUAGGGAAUGCGGAUGUAAAUUAGCAUUCUUGCUAUAAUCCGUCAUAUUUAUAUCUUUUUGAUGUGUCUAAUAGAUGUUCAUCAAUGUGCACUGUCCCUAUCAAUUUUUUUAAAAUAACUAAAUAAAUAAAUAAAUAAAUGAAUAAAAUCAGACUAAAGGUUGCCGUUCUAUGAUCACGCCGGCCUCUUCAAUCUAGUGUUGCACCAAUACCAUUUUUUGGCCCCGAUACCGAUACCUGGCUGUGCAGUAUCGGCCGAUACCAUACCGAUAUCACUUCGUUUGAAAUUUAUAUUACAAGGGAAUCCAGUAGAACGUUUUAUUGCAUACCUGGUAUGGAUGACAAUAGUUCAAUAAACCUUUUUCUCUCAAAGGUCAAAAUACUGCUAAAUUCGUAACAUGUAUAAUACUAGCCCAACAGUAAGAAAGUAAAAAUACAGUGAAUGAACCAAAUAAACUUUUUUAAACCCUAAGUUUUGCCUCUGAAAGGCCAAACAGUGCAUCUUUCAUGAAUUUAUUAGUAAUAAUAACUGACCACAGCAUCCUGUCUCUCUAUUAGCCUCCCUCUCUGUGCACCAGCCGCAACACACACUUAGCCACUUAGCUUAGCUUACUUCUACAGCACUUUGGAAUAGGCUUACCAUCUGUCCUUUAAAAUAAGGAAUCCUUCCGAACUGGGAGUUGUGUUCCGUAUUAGAACUUUCUAUUUCUGAAAGGUCUCAAAUUACUGCAGCAUUUCUUUCAGUAAAAUAUAAUAAAAGUAAAGUAGCUAGUGAACUGACCAAGGAUUGUUGCUCAGGUCCAGCCCCCUUCCUCUGGACAGCAGUCCUGCUGUUGCAGCCUCAAACUCUUUGUGUUCGUUCACAUGUUUCGUCUUCAAAUGUUUUAUCAGGUUCGAGGUAUUGAAACUGGCCUCUCGAAACUUUCAAGCCGCAAAUCUUGCUGGCAGCCAUUGAUUGUAGUCGACGGAAUUUCUAUGCUUAAAGAUUUCCAGACCAGCGCCAUUUCUACUGGUUUGUUUUUCCUCCAUAUGAAAAAGCUGCCCGGCAUUGGUUAAGAGCAGCUAUUGGCCCGCUGUCAUUGGUCUGGAGCAGGCCAAUAGCUUGGCAUGCAAAGUGAUCACGUGUCAUCACACAACACAGAGACAGAGUGUAGUGAGCAUCAGGAGGAAAAAAGCCUGCAGUCAAGUGUUAUAAUACUGGACCGGUAAAUGGUAUCGGCGCACUGUUUGUUGGUACUCGCGGAUACGAAUACCACCAUUUCGUGUCGGAUCCCCCCCACCGAUAUCGGUAUCAGUAGUUCAAUCACGUGGUGUCUUUAAAGCACUGUAAAAAUAUUAGAUAGUUGAC